UGAUGUAUCGCCCAAAAAGAAAUGCGCGAUCCCACAUAAUCAGAUCGGGCUGUCCACUGUUAAGCAAAAUUCGGUGUUAGAAGGCUACGAAAAUGUUCGCUGUUAAUUUUGUGACCGUCUGCGGACUGUGCCUAUUCCUUCAGGUGGUAUCAGGGAAAUCCUUAGAUCUGCUAUAUGACUAUCAGGAAAUAGAAGAUUCAUUCCCAAGAUCAGAAACAAAUACAGAAAUCAAGAAUCUAGAAUUCGAUCGAAUAUCUGAUGAAGCCAUAGCGGAAAUAUGCAAAAAUUUGAAAGUGACGAUACACGUGAAGCAACCUGAUUUUUACGUUAACUGCAUGGAGCCAAUUUCUGACAUGAGCCAUAGUGUGCACCUGGUGAAAAGGGAUGCAGACGCAUUAGAAGGUUCUGGUGACCCAGAUGAACCCGCUACAACUACACCAUCUGAUGUAGGAGACGAAGGAGAAAAAUUAGACGGCACAGAGUAUAAGACUGAAAAUGCUUCAGAAGCGAACAUGGAAGUACCACCAGAAAUUAAAUCAUCGGAGGUACCAACAGAAACUUCAUCGGCAAAUAUUCCAAGUGCUCCUACAGAAAACCCCGGAUCAUUCCAAGGUGGAUUCGACAAAAUACUAAAGAAUAUUCCUCGGCAGGAAAACAACACUUCGGAAGAUGCCAAAAGUUCUGCGGCAAUCUUAAAUAGCUCUCCUGCCAAAGAUCAAGUAAAUCUCAAUGGGGAGGAAGCGCAAACCGGGGAAUCCCAGGAAAAACCUUCGGCAGCAUCGCCCAACAACAUGCUCCUAAUCGUUAUAGGCGCAUUAGGGGUGAUAGGGGCCUUGGCUUUCGUCUACAAUUUCGUCAAAAGCAGGAGGGAAAGCAAAGAAAUCGACGAGGUAGUCCGGUUGGAAACUGAGGGAAAAGAGCUGAAGGAAAUGAAGCCUCUGAUGAGGAGUCCACUGGCUCAGAACGGCUCCAAGUCGUUGGAGUACAUCGAUGCAGAUCCGCAAAUCCAGGUGUCCACUGCGGUUAGGGUGGAAGACGGACAUAAUUCGAAAUAAAACUUAUUGAAUAACGUUUCCUUUUAGUCUGUAAGGAAGCCGCUUCGAAAUGAAUCGGUGUAAGUUAAUUUCUGAUUAAGAUCGAGUAAUCUGUAGGUUAAUUGAGUUUUGUACAAUAAAAUUUAUUAAAUUUGUAGUUUUUA